AUGCUUUCUCAUGCGAUCAUAGCACUUGGUGCGUGGUCGUUGAACAACGAUCAAAUUGGACUGGAAGACUACCUGUACCGUCGGGCGUUGACCUUGGGUCAGGAAGAGUCUGUGUUUGAAGCUGCCAGCCUGACCUCUGUACAAGCACUCAUACUUCUGAGCAACCUUAGCCAGAAGCGCAAUAGCCCAAACACAGGAUGGAAUUUGUUGGGCCUCGGCGUUCGCACAGCGCUGAGUCUAGCCCUCCACAGAGAACUUCCUCACUGGAACAUCACCCUGAUCGAGCGCGAGACGAGACGUAGAGUAUGGUGGGGUCUCUACAUCUUCGACAGUGGAGCUUCGACGACAUUCGGUCGCGCUAUCAUGUUGCCUGACCAAGAGACUAUGGAUGUUCAUCCCGUGCUGAACAUUCAUGACGAGUCACUUACACCACAAACUAUAACGCUACCCACUGAGGUUGACGAACCGACUAUAUACUCCUCUCUCAGAGUGCAGAGUAGUUUUCACCUACAGACGAACCACAUCUCAAACAAACUACUAGCCGAACCCGGGCUCUCUGCGGAGGCCGCGCUCGCUUUGAACGCUUCCAUGGAUGCUUGGACACACACAGUUCCGACAUAUUUCCAGCUUUCGCAUGCGCCCAGAUCGACGGCUCCAUGGUACUCAUUCGCCCGCUCUCGGCUGUGGUGGAGGUUCUGGAAUCUCAAGAUUAUCAUCUUCCGACAGAUAUUGUUGCGCCGAGCCAUCUCCGAGCGAGGUCAGAUCCCAGACCAAGCCAUGCAGUCAAGCCAAGAGGACUGUAAGCGAAUUUGUCUUGAAGCCGCGCAUUCUACAGUGGUUUCGAUACAUCAGUAUGCAAAACAGGACUUGAAUAGACUUGAGGGCUGGUACGCGACGUAUUUCCUUUUCCACGCGGCACUAGUAAUAACUCUUUGCAUCAUCAGCUUCCCACGCGCUGAAGAGACUGCAAUCUGGUACGACGAUGUUCGCUUGGCCCGAACCACUUUCCGCGAACGGCUUGUUGGGGAUUCGCUGUCAGCACGCUGCGUGGCCAUCCUUGACCAAGUGGUGUCUGACGGCGAGUUGGACUCCGGUACACUGCAGGACCUGGAGCUGGACAAAGAUGCCUUGAGUACAUUUCCAUGGUCCGUUGAGUCCAAUGAGUUAUUCAACUCUUUCGAUUGGGAUUUUACUACGUCCGGUUUCUAA